AUGCCGGAGAUAGAGAACAAGCUGAAUGAACUGGGCUACGAGUUGCCGCCGCCGCGGCAACCGGGGGCGGGGAAUAUUAUCCCCGCAGUACGCACGGGGAACCUCGUCUACCUCUCGGGCACCGGCCCGGGCCUGCCGGGAGGCGGGUUGCUGCACACGGGCAAGCUUGGCGGGGAAGUAACUGUCGAACAGGGCUACGACUGCGCCCGCCAGACCAUGCUCAACCUGCUCACCAAUCUGAAGGGUGAAAUAGGCGAUCUGGACAAGCUGAAGCGGAUCGUCAAGCUGCUGGCCAUGGUCAACUCCACGCCCGACUUCGGCGACACCCCUAGGGUGGCCAACGGCGCAUCGGACCUGCUUAUCAACCUUUACGGAGACCGGGGCCGCCACGCCAGGUCCGCAGUUGGCAUGGCCACUCUGCCCGGCGGCAUGCCGAUAGAGAUCGAGAUGAUCGUAGAGGUCGAGGACUAA